AACUAAUUGCUUCUAUGCUUAGUCAAUAAACAAUUAACUCAUUUCUCUGAAAGAAUCAACAUCAAGUGAAUUUCGAGUCCAAUGAUUGGAUCAUUCGGAUAAUCAGCUGUUCACUUUUAUUUGUUUUCUAUUUUCUUAUUGUUUAUCAUUUUCUCUUAUGAUUAUAUAGUCGUUCCAUUGUUUCCUGAUUAGUGGUUCUUAAUUAAUCUAAUAGAUGUAAUCAAUUUCUCUCCAGAAUUAACCCAUUCUGUGUUCAUCUUAUCUCAUGAAAGAUAAAUAACCAAUUCUUCAGGUAAGUAAGUGUUUACCUUUAAAUUUUAAUCCAAUGGAAGCAAGUGCCUCAGAAGUUAAUCCUUCUUUAGGAUCUAAGAAAAAAGAGAAAAGGAAAAAAGGGUCAAGACCUCGUUUCGAAGAGCCGACCGAACCUGGAUCAUCAAAAGAAACUCCUUAUUCUGGUGAUGAUCCGAGAGGAUAUGGAUUAGUAGACGAAAAGCCACCGCCCUAUUCGUAUGAAGAUCCAAGACCAACUGCCCCACCGCUUCCGUCAACACCAGCGACGGACAUACGAUUGUCCAUCCCCGAAGAUCCCAUUCUGAAAAGCAAGAAACUAUUGAUUCGUCAAUCAUAUGGACUUCUUGCCGGACAAUGGACACUUUUUUCCGGCCUAACGCUACUUCUUGUUGAAAUACCACAUUUACGAAAGAUUAUUCGUAAAAAUUUCUUCGACAAACUUUUCCUCACAUCUUCGUUCGGAUUUCCAUUGGCGAUACUUAUGAUUCUGCUUAUGAUAUUUCCUGCUCUUCGACGGCAAUUUGCAUGGCUCACUUUACUUAUUCUUACUGUUUCAAUGAGCUUAUUAUUAGCAUAUGUUGUCAGCGUUGAAAGCGCUCUGGCAAUGUUUUACACCACUUUGGGUGCUGAUGUUUCGUGUCUUGGUGUAGUUGGGACUACGUUUAUCCCUCGUUUUGACAUAUCAUCAUCUUCACCGGCUCUUCUUGGUCUUCCUGUUCUUAUGCUAUCGUCCAGUGCUACAGUUUCAUCUUUGACCCAUAUCAAGGUAUCGAAAUGGUUACCAGCAUCGUCGGUUGUCACUCUUUUAAUGUGUCACCUUGCCUACAACACGAGGUCAAUUUUCAAAGACAAUCGACUUGACCUUAAACCAAACGAAUAUGCAUUUGCUGCCUCUAAUUUAUACUUUAAUUGUGAUCUAGUUAAAUGGAUUAAAGGUCGGUCUCGUCGUCGUGAUUAUCGUCCAAUACCCGAAAUAUGAGCAAUUAAUUGUCAUAUACACAUUUGAAACUAAUAUGAUUUACUUAAAUGAUAACUUUUCAUAUUUAAUCAUAUUUAAUUUACUAAUUAGAUAUUUUCUCAAAAUUGUUGUCCAACCAAAUCAAACACAAAUCUAUUGAUUACCUUUGUUACAAUUCAAUUUAUUUUAGUCAAUUGUUUAUAAUUGAUACUUACUAUGUAAUAAUACAAUUGAAUUUAGCAUUUAAAUUAGUUAAUCGCUAA